GCUGCCUGGAAGUCCGCCGCUUUUUGAACCCCGUUUCCCGUGCAAGGAAUCGCCUUCGAACCAACAGCCUCAUCGGGGAUUUUAAAGUGGACACUCUGUCUCGUCCGGAUUUAACGUGAUUCUCUCGGUUUUUGGGAGGAGUACCAGGAGUUGGGGAUCGCUCCGGACGUGCCUCUUAUCCGCAGUGUCGAUGCGGCUGAGGCUGUGAAGUGAUAUCUGCAUAGAUUACAGGCACAUGAUGCCCUCCAUCUCAAGAGAGGCUUGAUCCUGAUUGGCUACAGUACUGGUCUGUGCCUCCUUCCCUCUCCUCACCGCUCCCACCGUCAGCAGAGCCAUGACAUCCCUCACCAGGACAUGGGCCUGCUUUUUUGUAUGCUGCUUCCUGUCUUGUCUGACACUUCCUGUGACAUCUCAAACAGUGGUGCAAGCCCCGCAGGCUCACAGCGCCGGCUCCCAGGUGAUCACAGUGUCCCUUCAGGAGGACGAGUAUUCCUCCUUCCAUGCAGAGAACCCUGAGUGGAAAUUCAACCAUCUGGCGGUGGACUAUCGCAAUGGCAAUGUUUAUUUGGGUGCCGUCAAUCGCAUUUAUAAACUGUCCCCUGACCUGGAUGUCCAGGUUUUCCACGAGACUGGCCCAGAUGAAGACAACCGCAAUUGCUACCCACCGCGUAUCGUCCAGCCAUGCAGUGAGCCACUGUCACUCACCAACAAUGUCAACAAAAUGCUUCUCAUGGACUACCGGGAGAACCGGCUGCUGGCAUGUGGCAGCCUCUACCAGGGCAUCUGCAAGCUCCUCCGUUUAGAUGACCUCUUCAAACUAGGGGAGCCCUUCCACAAGAAGGAGCACUAUCUCUCUGGUGUCAAUGAGAGCGGCUCAGUGUUUGGUGUCAUCGUUUCAUAUGGCAAUGCCUCUCCGGACAUGCUGUUUAUAGCCACAGCAGUGGACGGCAAGCCAGAGUACUUCCCCACCAUUUCAAGCCGCAAGUUGGCCACGAACUCCGAGGCGGACGGGAUGUUUGCAUACGUUUUCCAUGAUGAAUUUGUGGCCUCUAUGAUCAAGAUCCCUUCAGACACCUUCACUGUCAUCCCAGACUUUGACAUAUACUACAUUUAUGGCUUUGCCAGUGGGAACUUUGUGUACUUUCUGACUCUGCAGCCUGAAAUGGAGGGUGGGCCUACUACCGGAUCCUCCUCUACAGGCCGGGAGCAGGUCUACACUUCCAAGAUAGUCCGCCUUUGUAAGGCCGACACCGCCUUCAACUCCUAUGUGGAAGUGCCUAUCGGAUGCAUCAGUGGCAAUGUGGAGUACCGAUUACUCGAGGCGGCCUACCUAGCCAAAGCUGGUGCUACUCUGGCACGCUCGCUAGACGUGGCACCAGAUGACGACGUGUUGUACGCCGUCUUCUCAAAGGGCCAGAAGAGACGUCCUCGUCAGGCCUCCCAGGACUCAGCACUGUGUGUUUUCUCACUGCGGAAGAUAAACGAGAAAAUCAAGGAGAGGCUGCAGUCCUGCUACAAGGGUGAGGGCACGCUGGACCUGGCUUGGCUCAAAGUCAAAGAUGUCCCCUGCGGCAGUGCGCUCUUGACCAUAGACGAUGACUUUUGCGGCCUCGACAUGAACGCGCCGCUGGGCGUGUCCGAGAUGGUGCACGGCAAGCCCCUCUUCUCCGACGCCAACGACAAAAUGUCCUCCGUCAUCGCCUACGUCUACAAGAACCACUCGCUCGUCUUCGUGGGCACAAAAAGUGGCCGUGUCAAGAAGGGGGAUAAGGUUAGAUUAGUAGGCUGCACGGACCUGCAGGCAAACAGGUACCACACCUUUAAUGCCACGGCGGUCACUCACCAAACCAGGGGUCCCCCCGCGGCUCUGUCUGCUGUGGUGUCAGAUCCCAAAGCGAGAGGACUCAAGCCGGAAGGAAAAGGGAAGGAAGUAAAGAAGGAGGGAGCUUAA